AUCUCUUGGGUUUCUCCUCUCUUUUCUUCUCUUCAUCCUCUGGACGGUCUUCAAUCGUCCUUGUCUCGUCCUUGUUUCCUUCAUCAUCUUCUGGUUGUUGUCCGUAUAACUUCCCUACCACCCAGUGAUCCACUUUCAGCCAUUGCUCUCUCUCUCUCUCAUWCAGUCUCCUCCCUCCAUUUCUCUGUCUCUCACAGUUCAUUCACCAGCUCAGAGAGCGUCACAGACACACACCCGCAUACACAGCAGGCUGUAAGCGCUAGCCUCCUGAUCGGUUUAGAUCAACUCUUUCUGCCGAGUUUUAGGGGACGGAUCAGGAUUCUCCACUGUUCUUCUCUAACGAAGCUGUCCUGUUCUGCUUCCAUCCUGUUUCGCUCUCUCUGCCUUUCUCUUGGAGCUUCGUUCUAAUUUUGGAAACAUGGAACCUCAGGGAGUGCUCUCCCGAAGCUAUUUACAUCCUUGCUGCUCUUCCUCCCCUUCAUACUCCUCCUCUUCUCUUCCUCUCGUCAGCCAGGAGGUGAACAGUGAGACGAUCCUUUGAUGUCACACAACACAGAAAACCCGGCUUCUCCUUCGUCUGGGAAUUUUUUGGUUGUUCAGCUCACAGAAUUGCCCAGCAGGAUGGGGAUUACGCAGCACUAGAUGGUUUCCUUCUGUUGGGAUUUUGGACUCCAAGCAGCCACUGCAACAGAAGAAACAAUUUUCCGUUACUGAGCUGACAGGUACCUGACAAAGUGUUUCUGUUUUCUGGAGCCAGCAGAGGACUUAAGAAGAUCUAUGCAAGCUUGGUGUGUUCUCAUCUACUUGAACUCAAAUCCCUCAAUCUCAUUGAAGAGGAGACUUCCUGGAACUCACACCUACUAUGACAGAGAAGAGGAUUUUACUAAAGGUGAUACUGGCCGGUUAGUACAACUGAAACUGAACAGCCAUCAGAGCUCUCAGGAAAUUUACAAUUUCAACUGAGACUGGAUUACACUAUGAAAACUUUUUAGAGUAUUUAUUCACACUUACCAGGCCAAUUUACACAUAAUUGGUAUUUUUUACAAUCUGUGGCAGACAGUUCUUCCUAAGCUAUGCUGGUACCUCUAAAGAAGAGCUGAUAUUUUUUCUCUUCACAAACUUAAGCGGGAGCUCUUGUCCUGGCAUGCUCUUACAUCCUACUGUGUCAGGAUUGUGCACCAUGCUGCAGACCAUCUACGAGACUGAGUCGUGUUUUUCCUCUGCCAGCACAGACAGCCACUACCAGCCUCUGGAGCUCCUGAGUGACAGCAGGGGCUCCGGUGCUGACAUGACCGCUGCUGUCUUGGAGGUGAAGAGCAGCCUCCCAUCAGGCAUGCAGAGUCCAGUUGAAGCAACGUGUGAGCAGAGAGGAGGUGGUGGUGAAGGGGUUGGCGGUGGUCCUGGAGAAGGCCCAGGUGGAGGUGGAGGCCCAGUGGACUUGAGGAUAGAGCCCAGGUUGGGCUCUGUGUCUGGUGAGGGAGCAGUGGAUACAGCCCUGAGAGAGCAGCAGCUUCAGCAGGAACUCAUGCUUCUCAAACAGCAACAGGAACUCCAGAAGCAGCUGCUAUUCGCGGAGUUUCAGAAAAAACAUGAAGUGUUAACAAGGCAGCACGAAGUCCAGCUGCAAGAGCACUUAAAGCAACAACAGGAGCUGCUGGCAGCAAAGCGGCAGCAGGAGUUGGAGCACAAGAGAAAACUGGAGCAACAAAGACACGAAGAACAGGAGAAACAGAGACUGGAGCAACAACUUCUGCUGCUGAGAAAUAAAGAGAAAGGGAAAGAGAGUGCCAUUGCCAGCACAGAGGUGAAGCUGAAGCUUCAGGAGUUUCUUCUCAGCAAGAAAGAACCUGGUCCAGGACUCAACCAUUCCUUCUCCCCAAAGUGCUGGGGAGGCCAGCACACGUCUCUAGAGCAAAGCUCCCCCCCUCAGAGCAACACCCCCGGAACCCCUCCCUCCUACAAUCUCCCGUCUCUUCUCGGAAACUACGAGGGCAAAGACGACUUCCCACUUCGGAAGACAGUUUCAGAGCCGAACCUGAAGGUUCGAUCUAGACUCAAGCAGAAAGUGGCAGAGAGGCGCAGCUCUCCAUUGUUGCGCAGGAAGGAUGGAACUGUCAUUAGCACCUUCAAGAAAAGGGCUGUUGAGAUAUCAGUCUCCUCCGUCUGUAACAGUGCUCCAGGCUCAGGUCCUAGUAGCCCCAACAGUUCCAAUACGGCCAUCGCCAACGGCAACACGGGAUCAGUCCCCAACAUACAGACCGAGCUGAGAUCUCUCCAUCAGACACUGGGGGCUGAUGGGACAUUGAGUCCUCUUAGCCUCUACACCUCACCCUCCCUGCCCAAUAUCUCCCUAGGCCUCCCUGCCAACACACACAUCACACCACCCCAGAAACUGUCCACCCAGCAGGAAGCAGAGCGUCAGGCCAUCCAGUCCCUACGAGGGGGAGGAGCUCUAACUGGGAAGUUUCUCUCCACUUCCUCCCUACCAGCAGGUGCGGCACAUGAUGUGGAGACUCCGCCCCCCGGCUCUCAUUCAGCCCACUCCUCGUUGUUACAACACGUCCUGUUACUUGAGCAGGCCCGACAACAGACCGCUAUGUUAGUGCCCAUGUACAAUCAGUCACCGCUGGUUACUGCAGAGAGAGGUGUAGCCACUGGAAUGCGGCCCGUCAACAAGUUACCCCGCCACCGACCGUUGGCUCGCACACAGAGCGCCCCUUUACCCCAGUCACCCCAGGCGCUGCAGCAGCUGGUGGUCCAACAGCAGCACCAGCACUUCCUGGAGAAACACUAUAAGAUACUAUCGAAGGGGGGAGACCUCCCUAGACCACCACCCACUCACCCAGAGGAGACAGAGGAGGAGCUAACAGAGACCAGUGACAUGCAGGAGGAUGAAGGCUCGGCUCCUAACAGCCUGCAGAAAGAGGGAUCAGAUGACAGUAGCCACUCAUCUGAGCGACUGGCCAGCCACCUGAAGGGGGAGGAGGAACCCAGGGUCAGCCAGGUCAAAGGCGAGAGCACGGAGAGUGAGCUAGAUGAAGAUGAAGAGGAUGAUGAUGUCAUUCAGCUAAGGGAGAGCGAAGAAGAGGAAAGGGGCAGCUACAUACAGCAGUCCUUGCAGCAUCUGAGCGUGUUUUCAUCCUCGCUGCCCCACAGACCUCUGGGAAGAGCCAAGUCAUCCCCUGCAACCGCUGUCAACCCCAUCAAACACCUCUUCACCACCGGGUUGGUGUAUGACAGCCUGAUGCUGAAACAUCAAUGUGUGUGUGGCAAUGCUCACAUUCACCCAGAGCAUGCUGGGAGAGUCCAAAGCAUCUGGUCCAGACUGCAGGAAACAGGCUUACUGAGCCGCUGUGAGAGGAUUCGUGGAAGAAAAGCAUCUCUAGAUGAAAUCCAGUCGGUCCAUUCAGAGUUCCACACUCUGCUGUAUGGAACCAGCCCGCUCAAUCGGCACAAACUGGACCACAAGAAGCUUCUGGGUCCUAUCAGUCAGAAGAUGUAUGCUGUUCUGCCCUGUGGAGGAAUAGGGGUGGACAGUGACACUGUGUGGAACGAAAUGCACUCAUCAGCAGCAGUUCGCAUGGCAGUGGGCUCAGUUAUUGAGCUGGCCUUUAAGGUGGCUGCAGGGGAGCUGAAGAACGGCUUUGCAGUUGUGCGUCCACCUGGUCACCAUGCAGAGGAAUCCACAGCCAUGGGCUUUUGCUUCUUCAACUCAGUAGCCAUCACUGCAAAGCUGCUGCAACAGAAGCUUGGAGUGGGGAAGAUCCUCAUUGUGGACUGGGACAUUCACCAUGGCAACGGUACCCAGCAGGCCUUCUACAACGAUCCCAAUGUGCUCUACAUAUCUCUGCAUCGGUACGAUGAUGGAAACUUCUUUCCUGGCAGUGGAGCACCAGAGGAGGUGGGCUCAGGUGCAGGAAUUGGCUUUAAUGUAAAUAUAGCAUGGACUGGAGGAGUAGAGCCUCCUAUGGGUGAUGUGGAAUACCUCACUGCUUUCAGGAGUGUGGUAAUGCCCAUUGCUCAGCAGUUCAGUCCAGAUGUGGUCCUGGUGUCUGCAGGCUUUGAUGCAGUGGAAGGUCAUCAGUCUCCUUUGGGUGGCUACAAUGUUUCUGCACAAUGUUUUGGUAAGCUAACACAGCUGCUGAUGGGACUGGCAGGUGGGCGGAUUGUAAUGGCGCUCGAGGGUGGCCAUGACCUAACCGCUAUCUGUGACGCGUCAGAGGCCUGCGUCUCUGCCCUCCUGGGAGAUCCGUGUGACUCUGGGUUUCAGUGGCCUCAGGAAAAGCCAUGUCCAAAAGCCUGCGCCUCCCUGGAAAGAGUCAUAGACAUCCAGAGUAAGCACUGGCCUUGUCUCCAGAGUCCGUCUCAAACCAGUAGCCCCUCGCUCCUGGCAGGGUCCCCUGUGGCCCCAGGCCAGUCUGAGAGGGACGAGGCUGAAACACUCAGCGCCAUGGCCUCGCUAAGUGUUGAUGUGGACCAGCCAGACUCUGUUCCUGAAAACAGAGAAUUUAACAGGUCUACAGAGGAGCCAAUGGAGGAAGAGCCUGUGUUGUAGAGAGGAGCUGGCCUAAAGCACCCAAAAACACCUUCACCUUCUUCUAGCACCUUCUUGUCCUCCUGUUCCUGCUCCUCCACAGAGUGUGUAUGUACACCAACACACACAUAUAUGCAUACGCAGUGUGGAACUGAAUUGUUGUGGAUUUCUCAGAUUGGCUGAGAACAUUCAAGUAAGGCAGGAAAAGGCAAGUCCUGUACAAAACAGGGGCGCCUCUCUUUUCUUCUGGUUCAUCCAUCCAAGGAUUCGCAGACGACUUGUUCGCAUCUUCAUGGAAACCAAAGACGAGGAGCGUCGGCAAGGUUGCAAUUUCUGUACACUGUAUACCUGAAUACAGCAUCGCUGAACCUUGUCCAGUCGUUCUUCUUUUAUAUUUCCUACCUACUCCUCUGAUUCCACUGAGGGACUUUUACUGUGGAAAUAAAAAACUUAUCUGGUCAAAAUGCCCAACAACAAGCUGACGACUUGUCUUCUUGUGUCUGUCAGAGGAAACGAGUAGUCGCUUGUUGAAGGGGUAACCCGUUUUACAAGGAGCGGGAGAGCAAGAACUCUAGGUGCCUUUUUUCUGUCUAACACAAACUAUUCAAUCAGAAUCCACACAUCACUGCCAGUGCACCUCAGCCAACCAAGCAGCCCACAGAGGACUGAAGAACCGGCCAGAUGGCGCACAUACACUGCUGUUGUUUCAGUUGCUCGGUGUAUAUUUGUUUCAUCAUCUGAAUGCCUUAGUUUUUCUUUUUUUUUGUGACAAAGAUGGGUAGAGGGGAUCAGAAGAGCUCAUAAGCUGUAAUCUUUCCAGGUAUUCCCAAAAUACUUAUUUGGUGUUUCCUAAGAGUUGUACCAGUGGAAAUGUUUGUCAAAAAGCUCAUCUGAGUGUUAUUAUUGAAGUUAAUGUAAUAUAAUGAUACUGAGGAAACAAUCUCAGGAUCAGUUCAUCUUCUACAAAACUAGACAUUAUACUGCAGCCCUUAAAGCUCACUUUGUCGUUUCUGUUGAAAGUCAUGUGACCUGAGUCCCACCCCUUUCUAUCCUCCAAAAAUAAUUUUAUAUUGUGGCACUUCUUAAAAUACCACAAUUACCACCCUUUCUUUACUUUUCAUUUUGAGUGUAAUAAAUUCCUCUUGCUGUAAAUAUUGUCCACCAUUCAGUUGCGCAUAGCAACAUCACAGCAUCUGUAGUUUGGUUUGUUUUUACUAUAUCUGUACAUACAUGUAUGUAUAAAUUACAGAAUACUUUCUCUUUUUGUAUGACAAGCAAAAAUAAUGUGUAAACUGUUUUAUUCAAUCAGAUAAGAUUUACGAAUAUACUCUAUUUGAGAAUCUGGUGUUUUAAAAGUUUGGCUAUUUGACAGAAAGUUGGUGCACGGCUUGAUGGCACCCGCCGUCACCGCAGCCUGCUGGUUUGUUUGUUUACAGAUGCCAAAGGAUGAUAGGAUGUUGAAUCUUUUUGGAGGAGAAUGUUGCGCUCAGGUUCCUCUGGCAGGACCACUACUACUCUGUACUGCCCUCCUCAGGCAAGCAGUAGCAUCUACACACAGGAGGUGUUCAAAUCAAACAUGACUGGCUUAGUAGGUGGGUCCAGUGACUGUGGCUUUGUAUUCCAACAGAUCUUCACAGAAUGUUCCUAAGUCCCAGACAUGUUACAUAUAUGAGGGAACGGAUGGAUGAUAGCAAUGUUCAGACUUCCUCUCCACGAUAGACAGAAAACUAAUGUGUCCUUCGAAGUAGGUUUGUGUCAAUAAACUUCUUACAAGCAAUUAGUCCUUUUAAA